AGGGGCUCCCUCCCUCCCCUCCCCUCCCCUCCCGUGACGUCACUUCCUGCGUGCAGACAGCCAGUUCAGGCCAGUUCACUACCGCUGUAGUACUCAGUCUGUCCCUCCGAGCUGUCAACACACAGCCAACCAGCCACUCUGCUGCGACAACGUUACUUCUACCAACACUAGUCCGGUUCUCUCUCCAACGACGUUUCCCUUCAGAUAACAGCCACUCCCGUCUCACCAUGACUCGGAGGUGAUCUUCAGCGUGUCCAGGUGGUUCUGGGGUUCCAGGUUGGUGUGGUGAGAGAGCAAACUAACUGUGGGGAGGAGGACUGCCUGGGGCAUCGUGUCCCUGGCCUUCAAGUGACUAAGGGAGGAGCUUGGCAAACUGUUCUGCAGCAUGGAGAAGGAAGACCUGAAGGUCCUCAACAAAGGGGAAGAGGAGGAGAUGGAGCUGCAAGGCUACCGUCUGUGUCGUUGGAAGCUGGCUCUGGUGGGCCUCGGGGUGCUGUGUACGGGGGGCUUCCUCCUCCUGCUGCUCUACUGGAUGCCAGAGUGGUGCGUUAAGGCCACCUGCACCCGUACCACAGCCCGCGAUGCCGAAGUGGUAUUGAUGCGCUCCACGGAUGAGUUCCGACGCUGGUUCCUUGCCAGGGUACGAGUGAUGCUGGCCCCGGGGAGCAACCCCUUCCACAGCCUGGAGACCCAGACCACCUCCCCCUCCCCUUCCUCUCCCUCCCGUCCCUUCUCCCCCCAUCUCGCCAACGGACAUAACCCCCACCCCUCCGAUGGCAGCCCUGCUCAGGAGCUCAUCGGAAUAUAUGCCGACUACCAGCCCACACAGAUUCGCUAUUUUACCUUCCAUAGCACAAAGUAUUAUUGGAACGACGGGGUGCAGAACUUUGACGUUUUAACUGGCCUGGAUGAUCUGCAGGUCAGCUGCUCCACCCUCCACCUGGAGCACAGUGCAGGCCUGACCAGGAACCAGCAGGAGUACAGGAGACUGUUCUUCGGAGUGAAUGAAAUUGCAGUGAAAGUGCCUUCUGUUUUCAAGCUGCUUAUCAAAGAGGUCCUAAACCCUUUCUACAUCUUCCAGCUCUUCAGUGUGAUCCUGUGGAGUGCCGAUGAGUAUUACUAUUAUGCUGUGGCCAUUCUUUUCAUGUCGAUCAUAUCCAUAGCUACCUCUCUGUACACCAUCAAAAAGCAAUACAUCAUGCUUCAUGAUAUGGUGGCAACUCACAGUAUUGUCCGUGUGUCUGUAUGCCGAGCCAACAAUGAAAUUGAAGAGAUUUUGUCGACUGAUCUGGUGCCCGGUGAUGUCAUGGUCAUCCCUAGCAAUGGGACCAUCAUGCCAUGUGACGCCGUGCUGGUCAGCGGCACCUGCAUUGUCAACGAAAGCAUGCUCACAGGUGAGAGCGUUCCUGUGACGAAGACCAACCUCCCCAACCCAUUGCCUGGGGAGAGCGGGGAGGAGGUUGACAGUGCCUACAGCACGGAGGAGCAUAAGAGACACACACUCUUCUGUGGCACCCAUGUCAUCCAGACCCGCUUCUACACAGGAGACCUGGUCAAGGCUGUGGUGGUCAGCACAGGUUUCAGCACAGCCAAAGGCCAGCUCGUGCGCUCCAUCCUUUACCCAAAGCCCACCGACUUCAAGCUGUACCGUGAUGCCUACCUCUUCCUGUUGUGUCUGGUGGCUGUGGCUGGAAUCGGCUUUGUCUACUCCAUUGUCCUCAGUAUCAUGAACAAGGUGCCAGCUAAGACCAUCAUCAUUGAGUCGCUAGACAUCAUCACCAUCACCGUGCCACCGGCGCUGCCAGCCGCCAUGACAGCUGGCAUUGUGUACGCCCAGCGACGCCUCAAACGCCUUGGCAUUUUCUGCAUCAGUCCACAGAGGAUCAAUAUCUGCGGUCAAAUCAAUCUUGUCUGCUUUGACAAGACUGGAACUCUGACAGAAGAUGGAUUAGACCUAUGGGGAGUCCAGAGGGUUGAGAAUGGCAGUUUCCAUCUGUCAGAGGAAAACGCUUACAAGGAAAAUCUUGUCACGUCCCAGUUUGUGGCUUGUAUGGCCACCUGCCACUCUCUUACCAAAAUAGAAGGCCAGCUGUCUGGAGAUCCGCUGGACCUCAAAAUGUUUGAGGCUAUAGGCUGGAUCCUGGAGGAGGCCACUGAGGAGGAAACAUCUCUCCACAACCGUAUCAUGCCCACUGUUGUUCGACCCCCAAAACAGCUGCUGCCCCCAGAGCCUGCCGUAUCUCCAGAGCAGGACAUGGAACUCUAUGAGCUCCCGUCGGCGUAUGAGAUCGGUAUCGUGCGCCAGUUUCCCUUUUCUUCAGCACUCCAGAGGAUGUGUGUGGUGGCUCGUCUGCUGGGGGAGAAACGGAUGGAUGCCUACAUGAAGGGAGCGCCAGAAGUGGUGGCUAGUCUCUGCAAGAAAGAGACAGUUCCAGAAAACUUUGCAGAGGUUUUGGAGGGCUACACCAAACAGGGUUUCAGGGUCAUCGCUCUGGCUCAUCGUCGACUUGAAUCCAAACUCAGCUGGCACAAAGUGCAGAACAUCAACAGGGAUCACAUUGAGGCAAACAUGGAGUUCCUUGGUCUGAUCAUCAUGCAGAACAAGCUGAAGGCAGAAACCCCAGCAGUGCUGCAGGAUCUCCACCGAGCCAGCAUCCGCACAGUCAUGGUUACUGGUGACAACAUGCUGACAGCCAUCUCUGUGGCCCGGGACUGUGGAAUGAUCCCUCCCCAAGACACAGUCAUCAUUGCUGAUGCCUUCCCUCCUCAUGAUGGACAAGCUGCGAAGAUCACCUGGAGAUACGCUGACAAGCCGAGCAAGACAUCUUGCCUGGAGAUUGUGAACAUCAGUCUGGAGGAUGUGUGUCACGUAGAUGAGCCCAAAACAAAAGAGCUGUACCACUUUGCUAUGAACGGAAAAUCGUUUGCCGUCAUCUCCGAGCAUUUCCCUGACAUGCUUCAAAAGCUGGUGCUGCAUGGCACAGUGUUUGCAAGAAUGGCCCCGGACCAGAAAACUCAACUCAUUGAGGCGUUGCAAGGCGUAGACUACUUUGUGGGGAUGUGCGGAGACGGAGCAAACGACUGUGGGGCUCUGAAGAGGGCACAUGGUGGCAUCUCUCUGUCAGAGCUUGAGGCCUCUGUAGCCUCUCCCUUCACCUCCAAGACCCCCAACAUCUCCUGUGUCCCCAGCCUCAUCAGGGAGGGGCGUGCUGCUCUCAUCACCUCCUUCUGUGUGUUCAAGUUCAUGGCCCUCUACAGCAUCAUCCAGUACAUCAGUGUCACUCUCCUCUACUCUAUCCUCAGUAACCUUGGAGACUUCCAGUUCCUCUUCAUCGAUAUUGCCAUCAUCCUCCUUAUUGUCUUUACCAUGAGUCUGAAUCCAGCUUGGAAAGAACUGGUGUCACGUCGUCCCCCAUCAGGUCUGAUCUCAGGGCCUCUGUUGUUCUCUGUGCUGACCCAGAUCCUCAUCUGUUUGGGCUUCCAGACCAUUACAUUCCUUUGGGUCCGACAGCAGUCCUGGUACACAGUCUGGACACCUCUUUCAGACGGCUGCAACGUGUCAUCACAUAUUAACGUGUCUGACCACAACGACACAGAAGUGGACGACCACAACAUCCAAAACUAUGAGAACACCAGCCUCUUCUAUGUCUCCUCCUUCCAGUAUCUCGUUGUUGCUAUCGUUUUCUCAAAGGGAAAACCUUUCAGGCAGCCAAGCUACAAGAAUUGGCCUUUCGUGCUGUCUGCCUUGAGUUUGUAUGUUUUCCUGCUGUUCAUCAUGUUCUACCCUGUCAAAGGCAUUGAUGAGUUUCUGGAGAUUGUUUGUGUCCCGUUUGAAUGGAGGAUAAAACUCUUCCUCAUCAUCUUAGUCAAUGCUGCUGUGUCUGUUUUUGUGGAGACCUUCGUCCUUGACAUCAUCUUAUGGAAGCUUGUGUUCAGCCGAGACAAACAGAGCAGCUUUGGCAUCACUCCUGUCGCCCCGACACCACAGGGGGGCAUUGACCUGCGAGCGUACAAGUGUCUGUCCCGGCUGUGCUGCCCAAGCAAGAUGACACCCAAGGCUCGCUACAUGCAUCUGGCCCAGGAGCUCAGUGUGGACCCCGACUGGCCUCCAAAGCCAACCACAACCACUGAAGCCAAGUCCCUCCCAGAAAAUGGCUCCACCUAUCAAUUCAUGAUCGACUCCUAGCACCCCCCCACAGCAGCUCACACUAUCUAAUCUAUCCCUCCGAUACAGGAGACGUGUAUGCAUAUGACGCGUGUUCAGUGAACGCACCCUCAACCUAUUCAAAUUAAAUUGUUAUAGGAUAAUAAAUAGGAAAAUAAAGUCGUUACGGUUCACACAGACUUGCGUCUAAUACUGUAGUUACAGAGAGGUCGCUGCAAAAACCUUAAGAUUACACAGGAGUACCAAAUAAAGUCAAGUUUCACUUGCUCUCUCUGGCUCAACCACUCACGCGCUCUCAGGUCUCUCUUGCUUGUCUUUAAAUGUAAUUUAAACAUCAGUUACAUUUAUUGUAAUGCCAAUUCCUUAUUGCAAUGUCUGUUUACCAAAGCUGAGGAGCAUUUAACCCAGGCUGGGAGGUGAGGUGACAUGCCAGGUCGAAUAUGCUUGUUGACAUCUUCAGACUGACUGCCAGUGCAGUUUUAAUAUCUUAAUAAGUCUGUGUGAAAGGGGUAUAAAGGAGAGCCGAAUACAGACUCCGCUACAGAGCUAGCUUCUUACAUACAUGUGUUAUCCAAAAAUUUCACAGCGCCUUCAGAUUUAAUUAUCAACCACAGUACUGGAUGUCAAUUUUCCUGCGUAAAAUAGCCUCGUAUGUCUGAGCCUUUCAGAACGGUCACUAAGGAAAUAGUACGAAUAACUCUUACUUAAACGGCCAGUAAGAUAUUUGGUCGAUAGAGAAAGAGUUUUGACUGUUUGAGGAAGAGGAUGGAAGAAAAAGGUCUCAUUGACCAACAUUGUAUGAUCUGAUCAUAUCUUAGACAGUUUUUUUUUUUUUUUUUUUAAAAUCAGCAGCCCACACCUCACUUUCAGUUUGUCACACAGUAACUUGUUUCACAUGUCCAACUUGUUGCAGGUGGGCGGGGCAGGCUCUGAUUGCUAUGUAGUGGUCUUGUACAGCUAAUGUGAAUGUAUAAAGAGUAAUUUUAAUGCGCUAGCGUUACCACCUGGCAAACAAUCAUUAGAGAGUAUUGAAUCAUAACCAAAAAGAAAAAGCUUUAAAGCUUACCAUGGACCCCCAGGAAUGAAUGAAAAUACUAAUUUGAGACAAUUUUCAAAUAGUCUUUUAAGCACACUGUGAGUUGUAGAAGAUUAGGAAUCUUGGAACAACUUCAGUCAAGUUGUUGUUUAAUUGCACAUCUCCGGCAGAAUUUCCGUUUGCAGGUAAACGCAUAAAUAAACAGCUUGGCUGUCGAGAGCCAACGAUAGUUAUAGAAAAGUAUAGAAAAUGAAAUGGGGCAUUUCUAAAUUUUAAGAUUUGGAAACUGUACAAUAAGUCUGAAAAUGUUCAUGUUUUUCCAGAGUUAACAGGACACAUGAAAAGUGUUUGUUAAUCUGCUGCCACAACGUGAAAAGACCUCUCUGAAAAUCAUACAGUUGUCCCUGGACAUUUAAUUCAAGCCCUAGGAAGUUUUUAAAAUGUUAUAUAAAUCUUACGUUAUAAGUAGGCACGUUAGGUCUAGGGAAAGUGUUUUUAAAAUAAGUCACAAAAUACAGUACAUUAUACAUCAGAUUGAUGAAUGAAGCUACAAAGUGAUGAACCACCUAAACUUUUGGCCAAGUCAUGAGGAAAAUGCAACCUCUGAUUACUUCCUUAUAGUCAAAAUAUAGCUACUUGUACAAAGUAAAGGACUUUAAAUAGAACAGUGAGGGAGACAGAUAUGCUCAUCCUCUCUCAACCACAAGCUGGGACCUCUGGCAGGAUCUCCAUUGUGAUUGUCAGUUUGUCAGAGUUUAACUUUACGGUUUUUAAUAAAUGUGUAGAAAAUAAAAAAAACAGACAAAUAAAAAACUAAAUAUCAUCUAAACGUUUUAGGCAUGUAGUAGAUCCAUUGGUCUGUCGGUCCACCAAACUGUCAAUAACACUUCAGGAUACCUCAGAAACUACUGACUGAAUUAUCUUCAACUUCCGUUGUACUUUCAUAUUAAUCCUAACAUAGCAUGCUAACAUUUAAAUUGUUAGUAUGCUGCACUUACAUGAUAAGUAUUACCAUACAAUGCUAACCAGUCCGACAGGAAACAACAUGGCCUUUCCUCUGUUGCUCUCCUCAGGCCAAACAUUUGCCUCAUUUAGUGGUUAAGAUGUAACCGCAAAUGUGUCUCAAUUUUUCAUCCAUCAAUAGAUGUUUUUUAUAGAUUGUAAUGAGCUUCACACUGGGCCACCAGUGUGACUAUAUUGUCCAUCAUAAUCUUGUGUUUUUGCAUCCAUGGGCCAUUUCAAAACCUCCCAAGACUUGCAUGAAGCCAGCUGUGUCACGUUCCGAGGACUUGAUGGCUGCAAUACCAGACAUAUUACUACAAAUACAGCAUUACUGUAGAAUUAAGGAACGUUUACAUAAACAUCUCUGUAUUAAGAAUAGUCUGCACAAGAAACGGUCUAUUUAAGGUGGACGGUUAGUCACAUGCAUGAGACCAUACGAGUCAAAGCAUUCUACAUUUACAAACUCAUGUCAGAUUGGCUCCCAAAAGCCAUCAGUACUACUUAAAUUUAUUUUCUCAAAACUAAAUUUCUUCCUAUGGAAGACUGAUUAAAAGCGUGAUAGUAAAUUAAGGCAAGGCAUUGUGCGUCUCAUCAGCUUGCUGCACAUUCAAAAUUUCCAUGCUGCAAAUGAGGGAUGCUGAUAACCUUAUACAAUUGUAUUCAUGUAUAAACCAUAGGCUACCUGCAUAGAGAGUUAAGGGCUAUAUUUUAUGUUUAUUGCUCUAUAUUUGACCCUGAAAGUGAUGCUCCCCAAAGUUAAAUUCUUUAAGUAUCAAACACUCACUUGCUGUAAACGUUGAAGGUGGCUGUGAAGGUGUGUUGUCUUCCUCAACAAAAGUUUGACUGAAAAUCCAGUUCAAGGUUGAUUACAAUAAGUUUUUAGUAGCAUUUUGCGACUUUUUUUAAGCCGUGAAAAUUGUUUCAUUGGAAAUCAUUAUAAUUGAUUGGAUUCAAGCUGACCACCGUGCUGUAAGAUAAGAUAAGAUAAGAAAAGAAAAGAAAAAAGUUUUCAGCCCCCUUUAAAGCCAGAGAGAAUGAUUGUUCCUCAAAGGCAGAUUCAGGGUGGAGUAUCACUUUAAAGCAAAGACACCAACACACAUGCAGCUGGUUCUCAAUGUCAGUAUAACUGCGUAAUCUGCCCAGAAGCCUGUCUUUCAUGAAUUGUAUGGUUAAUAUGAAUGAUUUCAAAUAGUGUGGGUGCUUAUGGAAGGUUAUGAGCCACCAUGUCAAAAGAAUGUUAAACUUAAUGUAAUGUUUUUCUUCCUCUCUGACAAAAUUUAGCAAAAUAUUUCUCAAACAUCUGGUUACAGUGCUGUAUUUUACACUUAAUCAUGUCUGAUACAUGACAUUGCAUUUAGCUUGUCCAUUAUUUUUAAAAAAUUGUAUUAAUAUAGAAACAAAAUCGCCACAGAUUUCCUAUAUAUCUAUUAUAAUAAGUCUAAAGAUUCUCAAUUCCUGAAAAGCCAUUGUCUAUUGAGAUGCUUGUUAUAUUGCAAAUGCAUACAUUUUUGAUUCAUACUGGGGGUUUUUUGACAAGCUCAAAUGUGAUAUGUGACUAUAGUUUUCAUGGAUACAUUGUUUAUUUGAUGAGCAAAGUAUAGUAUUUUGUUAAUGUAUUUUGUGGGGAAAUUUUCAGCGUUGGAAGGAUAUAUAAUACUGUAGAUGAAAAAAGAUUCUGAUAUGUUUUCAAAAACAUGGGCCACAUGGGUUUCUAUGCCUCUGAAUACUCUGUGGCAUCUUUUUGUUUUGUACUUGCUUUCAGGUAUUUUUUGUUAGAAUCUCUAGAAACCUAAAACUGAAUGUUGGCAAUGCAAUACAAUGGUUAUUUUAUUUUUUUUCCAAAGACUUUUCAUCACUUCUCAAUUGGUAAUUUGAAAAAAGAAGAAAUGUUUAGUUUUAGCCUGUGUUCAGUUCACUCAAAACUGAUUUGUCUCUGCAGAAUUGGACUUAAAGGUGAUAAUAAAAUUAGAUGUUGAAUUCUAUCUGUUUAUAUGAGAUGUACAUUUCUAUUGUAUGCAUAAAAGUCAUAAGAUUUAGUAUAAAAAUGUACGUUUUUUGGGGGAUUAUCAAAGGGCUGGUGUGUCUUUUUCUACUAUUUUGGUACUGUGUUACAAUCAGUUGUCUGUCUACCUUUUGAUUUGUACUGUCUCUUAUAUUUAUUUGUACUUUCACUUCUGUUAUGGAGUUGCAUUAGCUUGGAACAUCCUAAUUUGGGCAUGAAUCCUGGGCAUUUAUUUCACAGUUGGAAUUAGUUAUUGUAACAUGUGAUUGGGGCAAUUGGAUCAAUAUUUGUUCUGUCUUGGGUAAACACAAUGCAGCACGUCCACAUAAGCGUUUGAAGAAAGUUGAACCGAGUCCUGUGUGGAAACAUUUGCCCUACAGGUUCUUAAAGUUGAUUGACUUCUUUGCUUUUCUUUUGCUUUUCUUUUGUCUCACUGCUUUGUAUAAUAUCAAGGACCUGACACAAGAAGGGAAUUCAACUGGUGUAGUAUAUAUACUGUAUGUCGCAUCCUCUUAGCAAAUUCAGAAUCUGACCAACAUCUGACAAUCUUGUUACUUUUCGGUUCAAUCAUCCAUUUCGAUAUUUUACUUUCUUUGUCUAGAACUUUUUUAAAAGAUCAUUUGCAUCCACGUAAAAUUAGAAUUGUAAUUGGCAAAAAGAAUGUGCAUUGCUGCUCGAUAUCAGCGGCCUAUUGUAGAAGUGACUUUAUAGCUGCUAAGGGCAAAAAGGAUUCUGCCUCAGCUGUCACAACUGUGCUUUGAUACAGAAAAGUCAUACAUGUAAUGACGUGCAGAGCGUAAAUGCUACUAUUGCUUGUCUUCUACGCUACAGUUUUGCCUUUUAUUCAAACACAGCUAUGUCACAACAAUAGCUUUUAUGCUGAAACCUCUAUGCUCUUAUACAGGUACAAUAUAUACCGACUUUUGACAGUUAGCAUUGGCCUCUUAUUCACAUCAUGUAUUUUAAACAAACCAUUGAAUGGCAUUUAGAUUGAGUCAGCCACUGAGUGUAUGAAGUCUCAUGUGGAUGUCGUUUCCUCAGGGAAAUGUGUCGAUUUGUAAUGAAUAAAGAAAAUAAUAAAUGUUGACACCCAUCCUGAAUGAAAAUACAAUGUUGGUAAAACUUUUUAUUACACUCAAUCUGUAUGUAACUCUUUCGUUGCAGUUUUUCUGGUGUGCUUUUUAUUUGCAGCUCCAACACCUCAGCAAGAGGCACAUCUGGGGUAUUUGUGUUGUUUUUAUUGGCAGAGAUGUAAAUUUUUCAAUUUUUGUACUUUAUAAUUUAUAAAAAUUUGUAUUUAUUUUCAUUUCUUUCUCCCUGAGGAUUGUGUUUCAGAUUUAUCUUGAUUUCUUUCUUUUCAAUAAAUGUUUUCAAAAUG